AUGGCUGUCUCGCCUAUGGUCCUGCAGCCAUCUGAGGUGCUCCAGACGGCGAAUGCGGCCACUGCGAGACCGGCAACAUCGCCGCUCAAGAAUGUCAAUUCGGCCGUGGCCUCUUCUACGGGGACCCCUGCUGCGACGGUUACCCCCAAUGUGAAUGUUGCAGUGCAGUCGGCUUCCCUUGACCUUGCGGAACAACUGAAUGAGGAAGAGAAGCGCAAAUAUGUCAAAGGCAAGAAGCUAGGUGAAGGUACCUAUGCCAAUGUCUACUUGGGCUACCUGCGCAACAACCCGUCCGAGCUGGUUGCCAUCAAGAAGAUCAAGGUACAAAAGGAGUACACGGAGGGUAUGGCCCCUGAUGCCGUUCGCGAAAUCAAGCAUCUCCAGGAGCUUUCGCACCCCAACAUCAUUACACUCCAUUCCGUCUUUUCGUCGAAAGACCAGAAUUUGAACCUCGUUCUCGAGUACCUGCCGCUGGGCGAUCUGGAAAUGCUCAUCAAGGACGAAAAAGGAAUACAUUAUGGUGCGGCCGAUAUAAAAGCUUGGGCAGGUAUGCUCACGCGAGGAGUGUGGUUUUGCCACGAAAACUUUGUUCUGCAUCGCGAUAUCAAGCCCAAUAACUUGCUGAUCGCGGCCGAUGGAGAGGUCAAACUCGCUGAUUUUGGUCUGGCAAGAAGCUUUUCGGAUCCUUACAUGCCCAUGACCUCGAAUGUCAUUACUCGGUGGUAUCGACCACCCGAAUUGCUGUUUGGCGCAAAGCACUACUCGGGGGCAGUUGACAUAUGGUCGGUUGGCUGUGUUAUUGCCGAGCUAGUUCUCAGGGUUCCCUAUAUGGCCGGCGACACCGAGCUUGCCCAGAUCAAGCUCAUUUGCGACUUUGUUGGCACACCCACCGAGGACAAUUGGCCUGGUGUCACGUCGUUGAAGGGCUACACUACUGCAGACAAAGCCACGCCCGUGCAGCCGAGAGCACACUAUCAACAAUGGUUCGGAUCGUUGGGCCCUGAUGGUAUUGAUUUGCUCAUGAAGACCUUGAUCCUUGACCCCAAGAAGCGGAUAACUGCACGUGAAAUGCUCGAGCAUGAGUGGUGGCGCAAAGAACCCAAGCCGACCCGGAAGAAGGACCUACCUCGCAAAGCUGGAGGUGAUGAAAAGCUUGCUGCCGAUCUCAAGAGACCGCCAGGUACCAUCGACGAAGACCGAGGGAGCAAAGUUGCGAGAAAACUCGAUUUUGGUGCCGCGAAGUAG